UUCACCGACUAUAUUCAGUGACUAGAUUAAAUUCAUUCUAAUAGCGACACGUAAACACUGUACAUCUCGACUUGAAAUAAUUACGAAUCUACCAAGAUUUAAAAUGUGUAGCUAGUUGCGGUAACUACGAAUUUAUCUACAAUAAAAAUCUUAACAGUCGAGAGGUCAAUUUGUUCGUUUUGGAACAUGAGAAAGGGGCUCAUUCUGAUUUGCAAUAUAUUUUUUAUCAUUUACGUAUUCGCGGUUGACGAUCCGAAGUCCGGCAAAAAAAAAUCAUGGAAAGACAAAGAUAUACGGGACAUGAAUGACGCGGAUUUAGAAAGAUUGUUGGAUCAAUGGGAGGAAAACGAUGAACCUUUGGAGCCAGAUGAAUUACCAGAACACCUUAGGCCCAGUCCCAAAAUCGACAUAUCACAGCUUGAUACGUCGAAUCCUGAUAAUGUAUUAAAAAUGACCAAGAAAGGUAAAGGUGUGAUGAUGUUUGUGGAUACUAACGAGGAUUUGUCCGAGGAAGAUGCGCAAACGAUCAUGAAAAUCUGGCAGACUAGUCUUCAGAACAAUCACAUUAUUGCCGAAAGAUAUCCAAUUGAUCCGAGGAGAUCUGUACUCCUCUUCCGCGAAGGGUCACAAGCUGUAGACGCAAAGAAUUAUCUAUUGCAGCAGCCAGAAUUGUCUCACGUGUCUCUCGAAGGACAAGUAUACUACAGGGAUCCGAAGAAGCAGGAAGCAAACAGAGCGAAGAUGAGCAAACUAGUGGAUAGUCAAAACGCUAAGGAGAAGAGGAAGAAGAACGUGGAGUUAUAACCUGUUUUAAUUUCCUCGGAGAUAUUUGAUAUCAUUUCUUUGUAUAUUUUUGUACCCAUGUAUAUACGUGCAUUCCAUUAAUAUUUGUACUAUUAUUGUAAUAAGCGCAAAACAAUUUUUCGUAUGAAUUCAAAGAUAUAAGCACUCGGGAUUAAAUGCGCUCCUUUGUAUAACUA